AGCCGCGGCCAAGCUUGCACUAGUCGUCGUCGUCACUACCGCAUCAUUGCUCAUCGACGCCUUUGCACCACUCAUACUCCAUCGCACCACUCUUAUCCUAUCUACAGACGCAAGCGACACGCCGUUGCCGCACACGUCUCUCCCUCCACCCCACUCCCCUCCCCCCAAUUCGACCACCCCGCUAUCACUUGUGACUACCCUGCCCCGCCGCACGUUCACGCUCCCCUCCCCCCAAACGCAGCCCCAUCUCACAUCUCACCCACCCCCCCACCACCACACCAUAAUCACCAACUGUUGGAUGUCGGCAUACCCACAAUCAGUAAAGCACCCAGCAGCCCCAGCAAAGCACAAAGCGUGCACAAAGCCAUACCUUGAACUCACCCGCAGCCAGCCAGCAAGCAGCGACCCAUUAUCCCCACCUUCCCUCCCUCCCAACCACCACCAACGCCCACGCCACCACGAUGCUCUCCUCGGCCCCCGCCAUCCCCCUGCAGUCGAUCGACUUUCUCAACGGCGGCAACGGCCGCCGCCUAUCGCUGGUGACGGCCAACGGACGCGAGUUUCUGACAAACCGCGACGGCCUGCCCAGCCCUAACGUCCUGACCCCGAUCGAGGGCCAUACGCCAGCCGAUACCCCGCCAGAGUCGGCGACGCCUUCAGAGACGGGCACGCCGCCCGAGAGCGAAGGCACGACCGAGUUUCCGGGCGUCGCGGCCGCGGCCGCCUCUGCCUCGGCCCAGCACGACCGCCGCAAGUCCAUGUUUGGCGACAUUGAGGACGGCGGCAGCAUUCGAAAAGUGCCGUCCAGAGGCGGUAUCUGGCACGACAAUAACGACGUCUCGCCUCGCUCUGGUUCGCCAGCGAUCCCCGCCACCACGUCGGCCGCCGCUCCUGCCCAGCCCCGCUCUGUCCCCUCGGGCCUCUCCCACGGCUACACUGCACCUCACGGCCUUUCCGAUUCGUCUUCCCCAGCGUCCGGCUCCCCCGGCGGCAGCGACAAGGAAAAGGCCCACUACUCGCCAAGCCAGGCCAAACAUGCCGACCACGCUCCUUCAAACACAUCGGCGUCGCCAUCGCCAACUCCCUCGCGCCAGAAAUCGCAAAAGCACAAUGGACCCCUCCAUGAUCUCCGCCGCUUCCUGAACCACCACAUUGGCCACCACGACAAGGACAAGCCUUCAAAGCACGCCAAUGGCCCCGGUUCCACUUCUCCCUCUACUGGAAUCGCCACUCCUGGCUCGCAGCUCCGUGGACAAGAGUUUGGCCACAGCGUCCCCGACUCGGGUGUCGCCACCCCGGCCCCCUCGAGCAGCACCAACCUCCCCGAGGGUGCUGGCAGGGAUCGUGACGCUCAGCACCAUGGCCACCACACGACUCACCUCGUAGGAUUCAUGCGCCACCACCACCGCGACAAGGACGGCGAAAAGUCGCACUCGUCGCUCGCUUCCUUCUUUGGUCACCACUCGGACAAGAAGAAGAAGGAGAAGGAGCACCGCAGCGACAAGGAUCACCACCACAAGGACAAGGAUGGAUCCCGCUCCUCGUCGGCCGCCCCCUCGCGCACCUCGACUCUGCUCAUGUCGGAAAUGGACACUCACUCGACUGCUUCGACCGUCCCUACCCCUGGCCACCACACUCCCAAGCACGGCAACAACUCGGGCCACGCCACACCAAAGAACCUGCACGACUACCCCGGUGUUCCCGAGCCCGUCGUCGCCCUCACCCACCCAUCAGAUUCCUUCGAGGCCACUCACGCCGCUCUGUCAAAGAAGUACGGCAAGUGGGGCCGUGUUCUUGGUUCGGGUGCUGGUGGUACUGUCAGACUUAUCAAGGCGAGCCAGAAGACUGGCGGUACUACAUACGCCGUCAAGGAGUUCCGCCCAAGGCGACAGGGAGAGAGCGAGAAGGAGUACCUUCGCAAGGUCACUGCCGAGUUCUGUGUUGGCGUGACGCUCCACCACAUCAACGUGAUUGAGACUGUCGACAUUGUCAACGACCAUGGCCACUACUACGAGAUUAUGGAGUACGCCCCGUACGACCUCUUCAGCGUCGUCAUGUCUGGCCGAAUGAACCGCGCAGAAAUCUACUGCGUGUUCCGCCAGAUCAUUGACGGUGUCAACUACCUCCACAGCAUGGGUCUCGCCCACCGUGACCUCAAGCUCGACAACUGUGUCAUGACCAACAACAACAUUGUCAAGCUCAUCGACUUUGGCACUGCCACCGUCUUCCACUACCCCGGCAAGCACCAGAUCCCCGCUUCGGGCGUCGUCGGUUCCGACCCGUACCUCGCCCCCGAGGUCCUUACCAAGGAGACUUACGACCCGCGCCUGACCGAUGUCUGGUCGGUUGCCAUCAUCUUCAUGUGCAUGAUUCUCCGUCGCUUCCCCUGGAAGAUCCCCGACUACAAGACGGAUCUGAGCUUCAAGCUCUACGUCAACACGCACCCCGACCUCUGCCGCAAGCCUCCUGUCAAGACGCCUGCUCCUUCGUUUGCCAACGGCCUGACUGAUGGCAAGCUCGGCGGCAAGGACACGCUCAUGCCUGAUGGAUCGAGCUCGCUUCCGUUCCGCACCGCGUCGGCAUCGACUGCGGGUACUGCCGUCGAAGGCAAGUCUGGAGGCGACAUUGCCCACUCGGACUCUGCCGUCUCGAUUGGCUCAUGCUCGUCGAGCGACACGCAGACACCACGAGUCGACCGCUUGGAGCUCAACGACAGCCCCAAGCAGGACCCCAGCGACACCAUCUUCCCUCGCUCUGGCGACUCGACUGCCUCGUUGCCCACCGCCGGUAUCCCAACAAUGACGACGGGGCCAUUUGGCCGCGCUGUCAGGCAAAAGACGCUUCCCCACCUCACGUCGCCCGGCCACGAUGACGCCAAGGAAGACCUGGUUAUUUCGCAGUCGCCCGAGCAGGUGAUUGACGCGUCAGAGUCGGCUCCCAGGCCCGCCCGCACCACCACUGGUCGGGAUCGCUCCGUGACAAUGCCGAGCGCUCCCGGAGCACCCAUUGGCUCGAACGCGCCCAGCCGCCAGGAGUCUCGACAGGAGGUGCAGCAGCGCCGCGAAAGAGCAGCCUCAAUCUCGUCGACGCGCACAUUUGUCUCUGGUGGCGCCGAGUCCAUCUUCCGCCUCCUUCCUCGCGAGUCGCGCUCGGCCCUCAUGCGCAUGCUCGCGGUCGAGCCUUCUAUCCGUUGCACCCUGUCUGACCUCCUUGUUGGCGAGGGCAACGACGAUCAAAUGUGCCCGUGCGGCAGCCAGGAAUGCGGCGGUGCGCUGUCUCGCCCUCCUUCCGAGAUUACCGGUGUCGACAAUGACGAGGACGAGGGUGACCACUGGCUGCAGACGAUUGAGUGUUGCUCGCACAACCCUGGCAAGCCUGUCAACCACCAACACAUCAAGGUGGUCCAGGAGGAGAAGCCCAAGAAGAAGUUGUUUGGCCUGUCCCAGCGCGCAUGGCUCGCGCUCACCGUCGUCGUCGGAUUCGUGCUCUUCACCAAGCUUAUCAUGUCAAACGAAACCCACACCCACCACGUCCACGACCCGACGUUCAUCGUGCCGCGCGACUACCUGAACAGCUCGGCGUCCGACCCCGCGCCGUUCGACUUCUGCCCCGUCUUCGGGCCGGGCGACGCGAUCGCCGCGCGGCGGGGCCAGUUCGAGCUGCUCCGCUCCCGCCUGCACCUCGGCACAGGCAACCGCGUGCAGCGCGUGCUCCGCAAGGCGAUGAGCGGGAUGCCCGUCACCAUCAGUGUGCUUGGUGGCAGCGUCACAGCAUGCCAGGGCGCAGGGGACGACCUCGUCGCGCCAGAGUGCUACCCCCACCGCUUUUACGACUGGUGGAACAGCGUCUUCCCCCACCCCAACAACGAGCUCACGAACGGCGCAGUCAAGCGCACAGACUCGGCGUACUUUGCCUACUGCUCCGCGCACCACCUGCCCGACAGGACCGACUUGGUGAUUCUCGAGUUUGACACGGCGGAUCCAAAUGACCACGACUGGCUCGGCCACUUUGAACUCCUGGUCCGCUCCAUCCUCCUCCGCAAGGAGCAGCCCGCCGUCAUCGUUCUCGGCCACUUUAGCCCCCAGGUCCAGGCGCAGAACGGCUUUGCCGGCCCCGAGCUCCUGCACAACGCCGUCGCCCAGUUCUACGACGUGCCCCACGUCACGACCAAGGGCGUCAUGUACGAGACGUACCUCGAGCAGCCCCACCGCGCCCUCGCAUCGCUCUAUACCGACUCGCAGCUCGCCAACAAGGAGGGCCACGACCUCAUCGCCGAUGUGCUCAUCUCGUACAUCAUGUCCCAGAUCUGCGAGGGCUGGUCGACACUCCUCGGCCACUCGUACAACGUCCCAAGCGUGGACAGCAUCUCGGGCGAGUCGAUCGGCGGCACCCCUCUGCUGUUUGGCGGCGCUGGUCUCCGUCAGAACCAGGUCCCCGGCCAGACCAAGGAGGACGGCGCGACCGAGGCCGAGCUCGUGUCGCACGCCUCGGACCCGGGUCUCUCUGUCCCACCCAUGCGCCUCAACUCGCGUCCUGGAGAGCUGGAAAACUUCCGCGAGAGCGAGCCGUUCUGCGUCGCCGCCAGCGACUUAGUCAACCCCCUGCCGUCGUCCAUCUUCCUCGGAUCCGGAUGGCACGCGUACCACCCGUCCAAGAACUCGGUCUCGGAGCACCACCACUACUGGUACGCCGACCAGCCGACGUCGCGUCUGCGUGUCCCGCUGCGUAUCGGCGCUGGUGACGUUGGCAUCUACUACCUCCAGGGACCGGCGAGCAAGGGCUUUGGCACGGCGCGCUGCUGGGUCGACGACAAUGUCGAGGGCGCACGAAAGCUGCACGGCACGGCCGAGGUCGAGGAGCCGAUUGCGACAUUGACCAUGAUCGACCGCUUCGUGUCUCGUGGCUCGCAUUUCGUCGAGUGUGUGCUUGACGGCGAGCCUGGUGGACCAGCGACGCCCUUCAAGAUCCUCGGCAUUUUCACGACGUAACGCGACCACCGCCAUCUAGGGGCGCGCUGCAUGAUGAUGACGAGGCUAGGAGGGGACGACGAGGGAGACUACAUUUUUCUACUUAGACGCAUUGAAAAUGGCACACUGCAAUGGACU